GCGCUUGGCUGCGUUUUAUGCAACUGCGCGAUUUCUCGGCUUCGGUUUCGGCUUCGGUUUCGGUUUCGGUUUUAGUGAUCAAUGGUCCAGUGACUCGCACGGGCCGCGCUUCAAGAAAUCAAAAAUAAACCAAAUAAACGCCAAAAGCCACAGAAAAUGUUGCAAAUGAGAUUUUUGUUUGUGUUUUCGUUUGCGUGCACCCUGCUGCUGUUGUACAGCCAGCCGGCUGAUGGAUUCAUUCUGCGUCUCAUCAGCGAGACGCUGCAGAACAAUGUCGCCGGCGAGCCCAUAACCCACGUGCGCACCGAUUGGAACUUUGACCCGGAGGCGGCCAAAAAGGCGCGUUCCAUUUACUACGAGAAAAAUGGAUAUCGCUCUGCGAAAUUUAUCGAGCGCAUAGGCGUAGGCCUGGAUGGACGGCACGAGGAGCGGCGGCAGGCGCAGGAGGAGCGCGACUUGGGACGCUUGAAUGGCGAGCACUUUAUCAACUAUCCGGCUGAGAUAGCUUAGCUCAUAAAUUACCAGUUAAUUAUGCAUAAAAGGGCGUAGAGGGGCGAGACAGAAAGAGAGAGAGAGAGAGAGAGAGGAGGGGUAGCAUAAAUCUUUGUGGCAUAUCUGGCGCAUUGUCAUCAGUUUAAUUUGCAGCGAUUAAUUGUCAUUAAUGUGCUUCACAAGGAUUUGCAUAAUUUGCCAACGUAACACAUAUGCAACAUGCCACAUGCCAUAUGCCGCAUGCAACAUUCAGCCAUGCCUGGCAUAUUGUUAAUGGCCCUCAAGCGGGCUGGGGCUGGGGUGUUGUUAUGGUUUUAAUAAACGUUAUUAGCGACUGCAA